GCCACGUUCGUUAGCAAUCAACGCCAAACGUCGUCGCUCCUGCGCUUUCAGAGAGGGAGAGAGCGAGAGACGCUCGGACGAGAAAGCUCUUCGACCUCGCUUCGCUUCGCCAUGGAUUAUCUGAAGACGGCGAUUCCUUCGCAGCUCAUCUCGGAGAGAGGCUCCAAUCUCGUCGUCAUCAACCCUGGCUCUGCGAACAUCAGGGUGGGCCUUGCUCAGCAGGACGCGCCUUUCACCCUUCCUCAUUGCAUCGCCCGGUACACCUCCCAGGUCCCCAAGCCGAACGUGCAAGAUCAGUUUUUCAGAUGCUCAAUUCUCAAGUUACGACGGCGCAACACAUGGAGCGAGAGAAGGCUUAUGAUAUUUGUACCCCAGAUAGCAUCGUUGUUGAAGAUUCCGUUCUUGGAUGAGGAGGUUGCGAACAGCAGCUCUUUCCAGCGCAAGAUGGGACAUGUUGAUGGUUAUAAUCCACAGAAUGUUAGGAAAGAGUCAGUCUUUGCUUGGACGGAUGUGUAUGAGAAGCAAAGUUAGGCUCUGGAUAUGUGGAGUUGGCUAUCAGCUAGACAGCAAAGGUCUU